AUACAGAGCAGCGAAUAAGACGACGAUGAGAGGCACGCAGUGAAGGUGAAAGGACGAAUAAAACACGAGGGAUUGUGGACAAACAAAGAUGACAGCACAUGUCGAGGGAACAGGAGUCCAGAUCCACUGCGGACUGUAAGCGGAGACUGUGUGAAUGGGAAAGACUGUAGAUCUGCUGGGUUUACGGAGACAGAAGUGCAGGGGAUGAUUGGGCUGCAUGGGCUCUGCUGUUGGCAUCGCUGCUGCUGUCCUAAACCGCUACGCUUCAGUCCCAUUGAUCGCACACAGAUAUGAGCUCCAAACACUCGUCUGACUGGAUCCCUUACAGCACUUUGGAUGAUGAGGGCACAAAUCUGCGACAACAGAAGCUGGACAGACAGCGAGCUCUACUGGAACAGAAGCAGAAGAAGAAGCGCCAGGAGCCCCUGAUGGUGCAGUCUAAUCUGGACGGCCGUUCUCGAGUACGCAGGACCCGGCAGUCAGAGGAACAGGCUCCCCUCGUGGAGAGCUACCUCAGCGGAAACAGCAGCACCAUCUACCAUGUACAAGAAGCGGAACAGGAAGAAGUUAAAGCCGUAACAGAGGUUCAGGCUCCUCGCUCGGCUAAAAAAUCCAAGCCGCCUACCUCCACUCCUCAGACUGGCAGCGCCAAGAAGGAGAAAAAGGGCAAGCACAAAGGAAUUGAUGGGCCCGCUGCCUUCCAGGAUGAGGGUCAGGAGCUAGGCAACCAGAUUCAGAUCCUGACCGUGGGCCACUCACCCGCCCAGGAGAGCGAGGCAGAGGGCCAGGGGGAGGCAGUGGGCAGCACACACUCACAGGGCAAACAGGACCUACGGGUCACCAUGCUGAAGAAAGGAAUCUCAAGUAGCAUGAACUUUGAUGAAGAGGAGGACGAAGAUGAUUUGGUCAGCUCAAGCUCAUCUCAGCUCAACAGCAACACAAGACCCGGCUCUGCCACCAGCAAAAAGUCCAGCAAGGAGGCGACAUCAGCUUCCACCCCAUUGGCCAACGAGCCAUCCAUUGAUGUAGAUGACCUAGAAGAGUUCACACUCAGACCCGCUCCACAAGGAGUGACUGUAAAAUGCAGGAUCACGCGGGAUAAGAAGGGCAUGGACCGGGGCAUGUACCCCACCUACUACCUCCAUUUGGAGAGAGAGGACGGCAAGAAGGUUUUCCUUUUAGCCGGGAGGAAGAGAAAGAAGAGCAAAACAUCCAAUUACCUCAUCUCCAUCGACCCAACUGACCUAUCACGAGGCGGAGAGAGCUUUAUUGGCAAACUGAGAUCAAACCUUAUGGGUACCAAGUUUACGGUGUACGACAGCGGUGUGAACCCAGUCAAGACCACGUCCAGUCUAGAAGCAGGGAAUCUCCGCCAGGAGCUGGCAGCGAUCUGUUACGAAACUAAUGUUUUAGGAUUCAAGGGACCUCGAAAGAUGAGUGUCAUUAUUCCUGGAAUGAACAUGGACCAUGAAAGAGUCUCAAUCAGGCCUCGAAACGAACACGAGUCUCUGCUGGCUCGAUGGCAGAACAAAAGCACAGAGAGUGUGAUAGAGCUGCACAACAAGACGCCUGUGUGGAACGAUGACACUCAGUCAUAUGUGCUCAACUUCCAUGGCAGAGUCACACAAGCAUCCGUCAAAAACUUUCAGAUUAUUCAUGACAACGACCCGGAUUACAUUGUGAUGCAGUUUGGUCGUGUCGCAGAGGACGUCUUCACAAUGGACUACAACUACCCCAUGUGUGCCCUGCAGGCGUUUGCUAUUGCUCUGUCCAGCUUUGACAGUAAGCUAGCCUGUGAGUAGCCAUCUUUCUCUGCCUGCCUCAGCCACGAAAGGACCCGGCCAGACAGCUUUACGAUCUCAAUCCCCCAAUAAAGGGCUGCGCUGAACUGCAAGGCAGCAGGGUCCCGCUCUCAACAUCCUCUUUUGGAGGCCUGAAUGCGUAUAGAGUUCGUCUUUGUGUGAAUAUGUGCGAGCGAGGUGGCGUUUCUGCUUUUUGAAAAGGAAAAGGGGAUCACGGUUGGGGGAAAGCACAAAGACUUCACAGUUCAAAUGCAUUCAUUUGAACCGAUCACCUAGUCGCUUCUUUACUUAACCGACAAGGUAAAACUAACAUUUUGCUAAUGUUCAAAAGAAGGAUCUUUUUAUGGUAGUACUUGUGUCCCUAAAAUUAAUUUUGCCAUGGUCAUAAUUCUAAAAGAAUUAACAUUCACUAACCAUUCAGCUCAUACUGUAGCUGUGAUUUAUAACAGCUUGAAUAUUUGAUUUAAUGAACUUUUGUAAAAUGACUGUCAUAUGUGACAUUUCUUCAGUUAUACGUGUCACUUGUGUCAUUCAACAUCAGUUUGAUUUGUAACGAAUCGGUUGCUUCAAAAGGACUCCAAAGCCAGUAUGACAGUCUGACAUAUUUAUCCACUAUUUAUGUAUUUAUAGAUUUUCAUGCCAUCUGCUGCUUAUGUUUUACCCCAUGCCCAUAAUUCACUGUGCUUCAAGCUCAAAUCUUGACUGGGGCACCUUUGAGCUUUUGGUGUGGAUUGAUUUCAAUUCAACUGAUGAAUGUGUGAAAGUCUCAUGACGCAAAUGUAGUCGUCAUCAGUCCAUGUUUUUCAUACUUACGUUUUUAAGUCGACAUGAGAUACAAAAAAAGCUUUUAUAUCAUUAUCUUGAAGUCCACACCAUGGGCCUCGUUUAUAAAACAUGCGUAUGAACAGAUUUGAUGUGGAACAAUGCUGAGCAGACGCUCACACAUUCCAUCAUGGCUGAGUCUGAGUAUUUGGAAAGCUGAGCAAGUUUUGCCACUCACAGAAAAACCACAUGGAACACAUAUGAAAUCGCAUGAAACACAUAUGCAACAAAUAUGAAUCACACAUAAAUCAUUUGGAUUUGUAACAUCUUUAUGUAAAAAAAGAAAAUAACAUUCGCAUUUUACUAGAAAAUCUUCCAAAACCACUUGUAUCAAAUA